AUGUGUGAGGUCAAGCAAAUCCGCGAGAGCUGUAUCCGCUGCAGUGAAGUAGUUCGCCAUGUCACGGAUAUGAAGCCUUGUGAGAACCACCUCCAAGUCAGAUCUAAGAAUGGAACUCUGGCUCACUGGUGCAAAGGCAAAAUCACAAGAAGUAUCCACGAGACAUACUUUCCAACUCGCCAUCCAUGUAACGACGCUUCACAUACCGCUGCCUUGUCGCGUUGGACUUCUCAACCAGCCAGACAACCACCGCCCGCUGGCCCCCAGCGCGUAGAGCGCCUCAGCGACCUAGGCAUCCGACGUGGGAAGGUAGUAACCCAAGAGCCCCAGUGUCAGAAUGAGACAUGUGAUAGUCUUUGUUGUUUGGAGCAUUUCGAAGCUUGGCCCGAGGCGGUGCCAGAAGCUGUCAAGCAGCCCCAGACAAAGUACAUUGGCCAUCAACUCGAUCCCGCCAAGCCCUCUCAUGAUUUUGACAUAGUAUUGGGCGUCUCGGUGGCUCGAUUGGAGACACAUCGAGUUUUUCGGCAGUUUAACCAGUGGCUUGAUGUCCCUUCAUUUCGUGUUAGACGCCUUGACGACACUGACUCUUUCUUUGAUGACGAUAUUACUCUAUAA